CGUCCCUUCUUGGGAUGAUACUAGUUCUUGUAGCACCUCCCAUAUUUUUAAGGCUGACUCAAAGAAUCGAAUUAAUUUCUGCAAGUCACGUCUCACUUGUUCCUGUUUGGGACUGUGAGAAAUGCACGCAGGAAAUGAAUCGUGUUGGGCUCUAACAAUACGGCGCUUUCUCCUGGAUGUUGUGCCUCUCUUCACGAACAGCGCCAAAUAUAUAAUGCUUCUCCUGGUGCGGCCUCGUCUACGUGGUCGACAGCUUUUGCUCCUUCGCCACCAUGGUCUCCAAGUUUGGAACAACAGCUUGGGUAUAGUCAAGGGGGAACAUCAGGACCAGGACCGGGAUUACAGCACACAGGAGUGGCACCAGGUGGAGUUGUUCCUGUUCGUGUAGGUUCCCCGGCUGCAAUUGGAGGAGGUUGUAUAUCUUAUCCCAGCAUCGCAUUUCCAUUAGGCAAUAGUACCACUUGUUACACCACACCACUCGUCCAAGGAGCAGUAGGAGACUGUUUCAACUACACGCAAUAUCACGAUACACCUACAACGAUUCAACCGACUAGUUGUACCAGAGGAGGAUUUUUAGGAUACCCACAGGACCAGCAGCACUUUCCGACUCCUCUUACCGGUGAAGGAGGACUUCCAAACCAUUACCCAAUUCCAUCUUCACCAGCGCGUGUAGCCUCUCCGGUUGAACAACUACAACUCCUGAAGCAAC